CUAAAGAACAAAACUGAAUAGAUAAUUCCAAGUCAAAAUUUAAUCCGCCGAGUUGAGUAUUCGAUGAUCGACGAUAAGCGAUACGCACGUAUUACCAACCUACAUUUCAUGUAGGUACCUACAAUACAGAGCCAGACGGUAAUAAAAUCGAGGAGAACUCACACUGAACAUUAUUAUUUGACCAAAGGAGCAAUCAUGUUGUCGCGGUACUUUAUAAAAUAUUCAGCGACAAAUGUUACUUUUUUAAAUUCAAGUUUUACGUGAUGUAUCGGACAUAUUGUUAGAUUUUUCAUCUUUAUUGAAGACUAGACAGGUGAAAUGAUACCCAUCACGAAUUUAUUUCAACUACUUCCCACCUACACUGUAAUCAUCCUUCUUCUCACCACUCAUUCGGUAGAUCUCGACCAAAGCUCAGAAUAUUUCGAUGAAAGCAGCUCAGAACGUAUCGAGCGUCCAAAAGUCUACACCUCAUUAGCCAUAAAAGAAGGAGUUGAUAAAUUAGAUGGUAUCAACGGAACCAUAAUCAUUGGCGCUAGCACUUACUGGGAUUUGGUGAAAGGUAGUAAGAUUUUCCUAGACACAAGUUUAUUCAUAGAGGAAGUCUUGAAGAACUACACGAGCGCGACUACUUUACUCGUUUGCCCGAAUAAAUGGGGCAAAACGAUGAAUUUAGACAUGCUGAAGUUCUUCUUGGAAAUUCAGGUAGAUCAAGAUGGCAAUAAAUUACCCAGAGAGAAUACAACAUCGUAUCGAUUAUUCAAACGCAGUGAAAUAGUGUACAAUGAUACCUUCACUAGGAAAUUACAAUCGCCAUUGCUGAUAUCCAAGAAAACCGUAUUAGUGGAUCGACAUCAAGGUAAAUACCCAGUCGUAUACUUUAGUUUAAAAGAAGCCAUCGGCGAUGACUUGGAUUCCAUCCGAGAGGGAGUUCGCAAAUCUUUAUCACGAUCUUUCCAACAGCAUAAAUAUCUCAUUCAUCAGGAACUGAAAAAGGAACAUUAUCGUAAUUCAGAGCAUUUACUCUUGUUCGAACAAAUGCUCCAUGGUACAGCAAAAAACGAAGACAUGCCCGAUGGGAUAAUUCUUCUAUGCUGUACUUUGGAAGCGUAUUUCCGUAAAAAACCCAUCCUCUUGAUCGACGACUACGACUCAUUCAUCCAUCACUUGUUUCGACGUAAUCGUCACAAUUCGCAGGAACUCAAAGAAAUCAUGAAAUUCAUGGUUGAAAUAGUGGACUCGGCGUUACGACAAAAUCUCCACAUGGAUAUCGGAAUUGCCACCGGUGUAUUGCAAAUCAACGCUUACCAAUGGCAAUACCAUAAUUAUACAGUCUACGUCAACGACCGAGAUAAACCAAUCAGCGAGUAUUUCGGAUUCAAUAGAUCUUCGGUACAGGAAAUCUUCAACCAGGUUGGAAUCUCCGCCGAACUUGCUUCAAAAGCACACAAUUGGUACAAAGGGUACGCCUUUGAAGAGCCUAGCAAAUUUUAUUACAAUCCUUGGUCCUUAGCUUGGUUUCUGCGAACUAAAAGCUUGCAAUGCCAUCGACAAGAAGGUCAUCGCGAAACCUUCAUUCAAAAUGUUCUUCGAAAUAAUCAAACCAUAAGGAAUAAUAUUCUACAAGUGCUCAGCAGAAUGAUCGUAUCUGCCGAGCAUCAUUAUCCAUACAUGAUAAACGAUUUGGAAGGCAUCAGACUUUACGGAAGUCAUCUGAUGACCUAUUUAACCGAUAAAGGAUACCUAUCCAAGAUCUCCAACAAUCCACUUUCCAAUGGAACAUCGCAGAAUAAACUAUUCAUGGAUUCCGUUUCCAUUUCCAAUAAUGAAAACUUACAUCAAGUAGCCAGUUGGAUGAUGGCCUACUGCGUACAAGAGUACGAUAUCCAUCCGUUGGUUUUCAACUGGGCCGGAGUCUAUUUGAAAAAGGUGAUCGAAAGUCACUUCAACAGUUCCAAUAUUCAAACCUUUAUAAAAACUUUAGAAAACGUUUAUAAAAAUGCGUCUGAUCUUAGCAGUAAGAUAAAUCCAUCCGAUGAGUACAUUUUCGCAUCGCAAGAACACCCUGUUAAUUUGAUAUUCGACUGUAUCUGUUUGAGAAUGCAACAAGAAACUUGGUACGAAUACGAAGUAUACUAUAAGAAGUUACUCAAAGCGGAUAUUGUGGCGAUAAAUCGACAAAAGAAGCACGCAGCUAUAAUACAAUUGAAAUACAAGCACGAUUCGCCAGAGCGUGCGAUGGCUCAUGCUGAAAUUUACCAAUUUGUUAUCGAUGAACAUGCCAAUGAUGAUGUGGAAACUUUGCUACUGGUCGGAAUUAGCGUUUCGACGAAUUAUACUGUUCGUAUGGAUACAAAUUUGAUCGAGAGGAAGUCUCGAAGACCUAUAGUCACUUGAUGGGAUCCGAUUGCGCGAGGAUUGAAAACUACAUGUGGGAGUUGUCACUUAUAUCCAAAGUUAUGGCAGUCUAUAGUGAGCCUUUAGGGGUCCAUGACCUAAUUCUUCGUCCUCAUUAUACUGAUGAAGCGCUAAAGUUGGAUCACAAAAUAUUUAUGAAAAAGUGAACUCAGCCCAUGAAUUUUUUCAAAAUUUGAAAAUUGUACUCUAUGUUUAUUGAAUAUUAAUCCAGAAAUAGAAGCAGUUGAUUCUAAAAUUGCAAAUUGUUCAUCUAUGUAUUUGUAGACCAAAAUAAAUUCCAAACACCCCCUCCCCCUUUUCCGAACUGAAAAAUCGUUUUUUAUUCAAAAUAUACGUAACUAGGUCGUAAAAAAUCGAUUCGAUUUGACUAAAUUGCGGAAUGCGGAUGGAAAUUUUGCCCAAAAUUCAUUUCUAACUAAUAUUUGAUUCAAUUUGAAUUUCUUACGAAAAUUUUCCCUACCAUUUUUUAGAAUAAAAAUUGAUUAGUUUUGAAUAGCAAAGACAAAUUCUCAAAAGUUUAUUUAUCUAAAUUCAAUUCCGAAAUUUACUGAGCUGAAAUUAAAUUUUAUGUAAAUUGCAACUUCCUUACAACCAUAAAAUUUAUUAGGUUAAAAUUCAAUUUUAUUGGAAAAACAAAUUUCCUCAAAAAUUAAUUUGACUAAAAAUCCGAUCGAAUUUGAAUAACCAAUGAAUUAAAAGCCUCCACAAAAAAUCAUGAUGGUACAAUUUGGUUCCAUUUUAACUGGAAAUGAAAAUUGUCCCUAAAAUUUAUUUCUUUUGAAUAGGAAAUAUUUCUUAAAAUUUACAAAAGGAAAUUUUAAUUUUAAUCAAAUUACAGAGACAAAUUCCUCCUCUCAUAAAUUAGAUUGAACUGAAACUGAAUUUGAUUCGAACCAACAGCAAAUGAAAAUUUUACGUAAAAGCUUAUUUGCCUAAAAAUUCGAUCCUAUUUAAAUUUUCAAUGAAAAAUCUCGUCAAAAUCAACUGGGCAAAAAUUUAAAUUGUUUGGCGUUAUGAACAAUUUUAAUAGCAUCUCAAAGGCAAGUUCCUUCUCCUCCCCUCCAAAAUUGAAUUGGGCUAAAACUCGAUUUGAUUCGAACAUCAAAUGAACAUUUCCCACAUAAAUUUAUUUGACAAAAAAUGUAAUCAGAUUUAAAUUUUAAGUGAAAAACCCCCUCAAAAUUAACGGGCAAAAAUUCCAUUUAUUCUGAAUUGGAAAUGAACAUUUUUUCGAAAAUUUAUUGGGUUAAAAUUUAAUUCUCAUAACAUUGCAAAGACAAAUUCCUCUUCUCCUCCCCUUCCCUCCCCACCCAAAUUAAUUGGGCUAAAACUCGAUUUGAUUCGAACAGCAGAUGAAAAUUUUUCCCCAAUCUUAUUCGACUGAAAUUUCGAUCGUGAAUAAGAAAUCUCCUCAAAAUGAAUUGGGAAAAAAUACUAUUUCUAUUUUGAAUUGAAAAUGAAAAUGAAAAAUUUAAUUGGGCUAAAAUUCAAUUUUGAUGAAAUUGCAAUGAAAAAUUUCUACUCCCCCACCAAAUUUAUCGGAUAAGAAUUCGGUUCAAUUUUAAUUGAAAAUGAAAAUAUGUAAACUUGAAAAUUUCUACUUAUCAUGAAUUGGAAAAGAAAACUUUCCCUUCCCCUCACUUCUCUCUUCUUCCAUUUAUUGGGCUAAAAUCGCCAAGCCAAAGUCCUCCUUUCUCCACCAAAUUUCUUGGACUGAAGUUUGAUUUGGAUUGCAAAGAUAAAUGCCUCCUUCCCUCCCUAAAUUUAUUCAUGCAGAAUUUGAUUUGAUUUCGAGGACAAAUGAUAAUUUUUCCCAAAAUUUAUACGACUUCGAAUUGAAAAAUGAAAAUUCUCCCCAAAACUUAUUGAAUUAUUGCAAUAAAUUCAACUCAAUUUCAACAGAAAAAUAAAUCCUCUUCAAAAUUUAUUGGGCUAAAAUUUCAUUUCUAUUGAAUUAUAAAUGAAAAAUCUUCCCAAAAUUUGUUCAAGUUACAAAAUUUCAUGCCAACUCCCCCCCUCCCCGAGUUGCAAAUAAAAAUUCUCAUCGAAAUUCAUUGGGCCAAAAUGUAAUUCAACUUGAAUUAUUGCAAAUAAAAAAUGCUCUCAAAAUUUAAUUUCAUUAGGAUUUCGAAUGAAAAUUUUUCCUCUUUAUUUAUGUAGCUAAAAUUUAAAUCGAUUCGAAUCGCAAAUGGAAAUUCGAUAUAAGUAUUACAGAAGGGGAUAGCGGUGCAAAAAUUCCUCAAUACCUCAAUCCUCAGUUUCAAAAUAAAUUACAAAAAAGUUUGUCCCUCGGAAAUUUUUGAGAUGACGUUUUAAAACGUGUUUCUAUCCGAAUCAAAAAACAUGGCAUCAAUUGCAUCAAUUCUCGAACCCUUUGAAACAAUUUGAAAAUAUUUGACAGUGAAUAAGGCCCCUCCUCUCUCCCCGCACCCUUGUUUUGGAUAGAAUUUUUCAAUACAUAUAAUUUUUGACAAGGGUCAAAGCAAAAAAAUUCAGAUUGGUUCUACCACCAAUUUUGUCUUUAUUGUAUAUUAUUGGUUAUUCCUACAAAUGAGUAACUCAGUACGAAAUACUAUCCCUCUUCUG